CAUGGCAAAGCAGGUGCCCCGCAAGACCCCCCAGAGCGCAAAGAUGAGGAGGCCGGCUGCAGCUUCGGCGACGGCAGUGGUGCCGCACGAGCAGACCGACGCAGAGAAGAAGGGUUUGGACCGCCUGGCCGAUCUAAAGCCAGGGCAACCCCUGGGGCAGGCAGGGGCGCAAGCAGUCACGGAUCACUUGAAGCGCUUGGCCAAGGACGGUUGGGAGUUCCCCCUCCAGGAGUGGAAGAACACCAAGAGCUACGAGGCGAAACGUUCCUUGGCCGUCAAGCUGGCGCUGGACAGGGCCGGGUCAUUUUUCAAGCAGAUCGAAGAGCAGUCCCUGACGAGUCGGAGCCAGAAGGCGAUCAAGAGCGGAUGGCUCCACAUCUGGGAAGUCGCUGACUUGGAGAAGUUCCCGUACAACCCAGAGAACGAGGCGACGAUGCAGAAGCUGUACGACUUCGUGGAGGGCUGCCCCACCAGGGCUUCUGAAAAGCCUGCUUUGGCCAAGAAGGGCGAGCUGCAGUACGACUACUCGAAGAGGAUGGUGGACAACCACGUAUCCGAGCGCAGGAAGGCUAUCACCGUCAAGGGCACGAAGGACAAGGUCGACGCUGGAGAGGUCAACGACUCGAUCGCUCUCAUGGACGACGACUUCGUCGAGCAGCCCGUCCACAAGAAGGCGAAGAAGGCGAAGGUCCCAAGGGGGCUCAGCUUGGUUCCGGCCGCGCGCGCUGGAACGAAGCUUCUGCCUGGGCUCAUCCUGGGAAUGCGGUGUCGCAGAUGCGUGGCCGACGCCAUCUCGCAGGCAACGGCGGAGAAGGCGAAAUGGAUUUCGUCUUACACGUCGCUGAAGACCAAGGUCGGAAAACAGACCGACUUGGCGGAGAAGCUGCAGGCGAAGUACGAUUUGGUGAAGGACAAAAAGAGAGGCACUCUCGUCACGGCGAAGCUCGUGACCCAGAUGUGGUCGCAGUUGUCUACGCUGCAGGCCAAGAAGGGCAAGAUGGCGCGCUUCAUCGAGGAUACCAGCGCCGUGGACCCCCUCAAGUGGGCCAAGAACAAAGCGAAAUACGACAAAGAGUUCAAGGAUUGCGAGUCUGCCCUGGACACCUUCACCGAGGGGGCCGUGUCCCUCGUGCAGAAGGGGUUGACCAAUUGA